AUGGGCUGCUCAGGUUCUAAAGGCGUCGACAACGGCUCAAGCGCAUACCGUCCACAACAACACCAACAGCAACAACAGCAGCAGUACGCUGUCAACAUCCCUCCAUCAACUUUGCCCCAAGGAUGGAUUUCGCAAUACGACCCUAAUAAGCAGAGCCUGUACUAUGUUCACCCUCAGACAAAUAAUGUGACCUGGGCCCAUCCUCUUGGCCCUUCCUACCAUGCACAGGAGACAACUCGCUUCCACCAGAUUCAACAGCUUCAGAGACAGCAGUUCAGUAGCAACCAGAGCGGCUUUUAUGACUCUUACAACCGCCAAGGUGGUAUGGGUGCUGGCGCUGGUCUGGCUAUGGGCAUGAUGGCUGGUGGAGCAAUGGGUCUGAUGGCAGGAAGCAUGCUUGGAGGAGGAAUGCACGGAGGCUACUACGGCGGCGGCAGCGACGUUACGCCCGUGGAACACGUCAGCGGCGGUGACUAUAGCGGUGGCGGAGACUAUAGCGGUGGCGGAGACUUUGGAGGUGGAGACUUUGGAGGUGGAUUCUAA